GGCUGACUCAUUCAGAAGGUGGAUUGAUUUUUUCUUGUGGUUUUCAGUCGGAAACUUGGAAUAAACUGAGAUCGGACACAAAAGGAAUGGACUUUUAGUUUAUUUAUGGAAUACAGGAAUCGAUUCUGAUGAUUCCAAUUUGUGACAUCAAAAUGAACCAUUUGUCUUGUGGUAAUCCUGCUGAUUUCAAGCGUCAGAUGGCCUUGGACAUGUUCGAUGAUGCCAUUUCACUGUUCCCAGCAACCAAUGAGCAGUCUGUCCAGGAGGUUCCUUCUGGCCUGGACUCUGUGUCUCAUGACCUGGACUACGGCUCAGUGCCCCUGCUGACCCCCUGCAGUAAAGCGGUGAUGAGCCAGGCCCUGAACGACAGCUUCAGUGGGUUCACCAGAGUUCAGCGUCGCUACGGGAUCCCCAGCAACCCUCAUGCGUGGAGCAAAGCAGAAGUGACCCAGUGGCUGAGAUGGGCGGCUGGAGAGUUCUCCCUCACCGGUAUCGACUUCCUCAGGUUUGACCUGAGCGGGCAGGAGCUCUGCGGCCUGGGCAAGGAGCACUUUCUGGAGCUGGCUCCUGACUUUGUGGGGGACAUCCUGUGGGAACACCUGGAUCAAAUGAUGAGAGAGGGUGAUGGGACCCAGAGUCUCUGUGAUACUGUGCCUUCUGUGUCCAGCUGGACCAGCAGCUGCUCCAGAGACAGCAGUUUGGUUCCCGGGAGCGACACUAGCAGUUUACCCAGAGAGGUGUUUGAGCAACAGGACUUCAGCCCUCUCACCACUCACAGACUGGAGCACCAGCUCCUCUCCAAACCCCAGAUGGACAAAAUGACCGUCAACUACACCUCCAUCCAGGGCCUGCCCAGGAACAGCCUGGAUGCAGAGCUCUGUAGAGCCACCGCGUCACAUGACCAGCGGUCCCGUGGGAACGGGGACAGCGGCGGGGGCGGAGCCUGGAGCCGCCUCUCCCACCCGGCCGACGCCCAGCGCGUCCCGUCACGCGACUGCUCUGCGGACGACCGCGGCUCCGGGCCCUCGGGCCCUCGGGAACAGGGCCAGGCGUUCAGAGACCGCUCUCAGGAGCGGCGCGGGCCAGCAGAGCUGGGCGAGCUCGGCAUCCCUGCUGCCACACUGGCAGGCUUCACGGGAAGUGGCCAGAUCCAGCUGUGGCAGUUCCUGCUGGAGCAGCUGACAGAUGAGACGUGUCAGUCCUUCAUAAGCUGGACAGGGAACGGCUGGGAGUUCAGGUUUACGGAUCCCGAUGAGGUGGCUCGACGCUGGGGUCGAAGGAAGAACAAGCCCAGGAUGAACUACGAGAAGCUGAGCCGGGGCCUGCGCUACUACUACCACAAGAACAUCAUCCACAAGACCGCGGGCAGGCGCUACGUCUACCGCUUCGUCCGGGACCUGAAGGGCCUGCUGGGCUGCUCUGCGGAGCAACUGCACGUCCGGCUGGGGGUGCAGCCCGACACGGGGGACUGAACCACCGGCAGCACUGAAGGGGGGGGGACUAUAUCUCCCCCCUGUGAAGCUCAGGAAUAGUUUUUCUGAAGGCCCCCUUUUUUAUUUGCGGUCGAUGUUUGGUGUGAAACACGCUGGACUGAACGGUGCUGCAGCUUUGCGGACCGUGUGGACCGAGGGAUCUUCUUCGACCCCGAUUCUAAGGAAUCGAACGUCAGUGGCCCAAAGGUAACAUUAUUAUGCAACGGUACUUAUUAUUUAUUCUGAGCCUUAAAACCUACGCUCUCAAACCAUGGUGCUGGAGAUCUACCGUCCUGUAGGUGUUCACUCCAACCCUAACAAAGUGCACCUCAUUCGACAGCUAGUGAUCCCGUUGAGCUGCUAGUGAAUAGAAUCACGUGUGCCAAAUUAGGGUUGAAACAUAGACUGGAGAUAAAAUAUGGACCCAGGGCCUGUUACGUCACCUAAUCAUGACUAUCCGUGGACAGUGAAAUGCGUUUUGAAACUGCAAGAUUACGGGUGCUGCCGUGUUGUAGAAUUUGGUGCCAGAGACUGUGCAGUAGUGAGGCUGAAUGCAGCUCAUCCACUAAGCGCGAGAGAGUGACUCGGCAGUGAUGCAAAAUGUCCAUCAUCCAUCCACUAAGUAUUGCUUAUAGAAAAACACAGAUUACAACUACUUUUUCCUGUGGGAAAAAAAUGACUGACUUCGUAUUUUCGUUACCAUUGACUUUACAUUGAAAGGGUGGUUGAAACGCCUGUACUGCAGCCAACAGCAGUGGCAGUAGUGAGCACCAUCUCUCAACAAGAUACACAACAAGGAAAAAAGGAAAUAAGCCUGAAAAACAAAGCCUGGUUUUGGCCGCUUGUGUUGAAAUGAAAACCUUCAGGACAGUAGAUCUCUAGCAGCAGGGUUGGGAGGUCCUGCUUUACACAGUGCAAGAAACCAGCAGCUAACAGCUGCCGGGAAUGCAAGAUAAGAAAUAAGGCUAUAUGCCACAUUUUCACUACACACACUAUGUUCCUGGUCUCUUAUUUUACAGCCUUAUUGUAAUACUGAAUAAUUGUUUUGAUGAUUCUGGCCAAAAAGAAUCAUUCAUAAUGAAUGAUGUGUCAAUGAUUUAAAUGGGGAUAUAUGCAUUCAUGUUUUCAUAAACAUUAAUUUGUUUUAUGUUUUUCCAAAGUUUAUAUUUCAUUGCCAAAUACUGCUGCACAAACAGUAACAGUCUAAAGAAAUGAUACAGCUGGAUCUGUAAGGAACGUGCAUCAGGUGCUACUGAUUCUCGGCUAUCCUCCUUUAUUUUAUUUUAUUGUUUUCAUUGAUGAAGAAAUACUGUAUUAUUACAAUGAAAGACAAUUCCAAUUAUUUUAGUAUUUAUUUAGACCUGGAAUUAAAAGCACCAGACAUGCUACCGUCAAUAGAAUGUCCAUUGUUUACUUUGAUGACUCAACUGUGUGGGAGCUAAAAGAGUCUACACUUGGACCUGACUAUUUAUGUGUCCAAGUAAAUGAAUAUCGGAAUUUCUGUAAGCUAUUUUAAUCAUGAUUUUGAUGUUUCUUUAAUUUUGUAUGUAUCUUAGCUUGCCUAAUUUGUUAGUUUGUUACAGGGUUAUUUCUGUUGUAGCUACAUGCCGCACAUAUGUAGGUAACCGUACAAUCUGUCACUGUUCAUGAACCUGAAUUUUCAUAGGAAAUAAUAUACAAUGGGUUCCAAAAGUCUGAGACCACAUUGAAAAUCUUUUUAUCUUAUAAUCCUGGAAAUAAACCGAAAGUUUUAGGAUUUUAAAAAAUGUAAAACAAAUUAAAGUUACUUCAAAGCUUUGCAAGAACUACUCAAAGACCAAAGAAGAGAAAGGAGUGCUGCACAAUUCACAGUCACCUGACCUCAACCCACUGAACGGGGCACUUGAAGACUGAAAAAAACCAAUUCAGUAACAUCACAAGAUGCUCUGUGGAACAUUGGCAAAUAAUGCUGGGAAAACGUAGAUUAUCAGGUUUUGCACAAAUUUGUGGAGUCAAUGCCAGCGCGAGUGCACACUGCCAUUAAAGCAAAAGGGGGACAUACCAAAUACUAAGAAAUUCAUGUACAUUUUUCAAAGAUUUAACUUCACUCAAAUUGUUAUGCUGAUAAUAUAAUUUGUAAUGAAAAAGUUUGUUUUAAAUGAUAAAAUAAUGCAAAAUAGAAACAUUUUCACUCGUGGUCUGAGACUUUUGGACCCCACUGUAUUAUGUGUUCUGUCAACAUGAGCUGUUGUGUUAAUGAAAUUCUGAAUGACACACUGUCAUGCAGUUGUCUAAUAAAUAAUUUUAUUCAAGUUAAUGUAUGUAUAUUUGAGGUCAUCCUAAACCUCAAGUGUCAAGUAAAAAACUUAUAUUUAAAAAUGUCUUUUUAUUUCACAUCACGACAGUAAUUGAAAUCACUUCCUAUUGUAAAGUACCCAUUGUGGUCUCACAAAAACAGGCUUCUUUUUAUUAUUGUCAUAGUUCAAUAUAAAUGGUCUCUAAUGGCAAAGCAGAAGUGAUAACCAACAAUCACAAUUGCUUCUAUAGAGCAUCUUGCAAGGAACAAAACAGUACUGUCACACAAAGCAUGUUUCACUUAAGCACUCUUUUGUAAACAGCCUAUUCAACUCCUCUCUAACUAGUCUGAGGGCAUACACACAAAUAUAAUUUGUGCAUCUAUGAAUAUACCACUUUCUUUUACCACAGCGAAUGAAGCAUGGCAUUAUUAUUUGCAGGCCUGUAGUGCAGUGGUUAAGCUACAUGACAGGGACCUGCAAGGUCAGAGGUUCGAUCCGUGGUGUAGCCACAAUAAG